AUGGGCUACCCGAAUCAGCGGCAGGGGUACGACCGGCAGGGUUACGACCGGCAUCAUCAUGGCCAGCGUUUCCCCAUGUUGUCCCAGGUGCAGGGCGCAGGAGCUCCAGGGCUCGUGGGGAGCCCGCUUGCACCUGCCGGGACGGCGGCGGCUAUGCCUGCACCUGCCGCGGCCCCCCCUGCGCCGCAACCCUCUGAGUCCGCCCGAGAGCUUGCAUCGGCCCUGGUCACGGUGCUGAAGCAGAGCCAGCCGGCCAGCAGUGACCCUGCGCCGCGCGAAACAAGAGUGGAAACCGCAGUGGAGGAACUGACGAAGCUGACGGGAGGCACCACCUCGCCCGUGUCCUUCGACGCCCAGCUCGAGAGUUCGAGCGCGUUCAAGGAAUUGAAGAAGGACGUUGGUGCUCUGACGGAGAAAACGGGGCAGCAGCGCGAUGAGAUCAAGGAGGUCAAGGUGGCAGUCGCCUCCAGCAGCAAUGACAUCAAAGAGAUCAAGAACCUCUGCGCCGGGGCCUUGCCAGCAGCGCUCUUCACCGUGCCAGCGACCUCAGAGAUCCAGUCCACCGCGUUGCCCCUCAUGGGCGUCGGCGUGGACCGGCAGGAGGUCAAGGAUAUUGCCACGAACCUCGAUGGCAAUCCCAUGCCCUUCGUGGAUCGGUGGCAGGCCGUGCAGCGCUUCAAGACCCUCGAGCAGUGGGAGAGGAAUGACCAGGUGGUCAGCGAGGGCAAGUUCACGGGCACAGUCCAGACCGAGGACCACGUUGGACAGGCGUUCUACCGCCACGUGAGCGCCGAGGGCGAGUGGAGCGAAACGCCGCUUCAGCCCCCCCCCCCCCCUGCGCAGGCCUUCGAGCAGUGA